AUUUAAGAGGUUGAAUAUCGCGCAUAUCAAUCAGCCAGCCGCCAGCCUUGCCUUCUGUCGCUUGAGCCUCAGUCACCGACGUCUUCUCGCUCCCAGGCUCUGUCGCCAUGCGCUCCAUUAUUAUCGCCAUCCUCCCCAUCGCUGCUGGCGCAAUUCGCAUCGUGCAAUCUAAUGAUGACGGCUGGGCUGAGAAGAACAUCCGUGUCUUCAACGAAGUACUGAACGCAGCGAGCCACAGCGUCGUCCUGUCAGGUCCCGCUGACAACCAAUCUGGAAGCAGCUCGUCUGACAAACCACCGACCCCUCGCAUCAAACCCUGCGAAUUCAAUUCCUGCCCUGCAAACUCUGGUCCCGUCGGCGCAGACCCAAAUAACUCGCGCCUGAACUACGUUAACUCCUAUCCUGUCACGGCAAUGAAAUACGGUAUCGCCACCGUCUCGCCUCGUGAACUCGGCGGCGCCCCUGAGCUCGCCGUAACAGGCCCAAAUGUUGGAACCAACAUCGAACUCCAGAUUCCUUUCUCUGGAACCAUCGGUGCAGCAAUUGAAGCCGUUAAGCAAGGUAUCCCGGCCAUCGCAUUCAGUGGCAGCACUGGACACCGAACAGCAUUCAACGCCGCCACGCCACUUUACAGCAAGAUCUACGCUGAUCUGGCGAUGAACCUCACAGAUGCGGUCAUCGCGUCAGGAGCCCCGUAUCUUCCAGAGAACGUUUUUUUGAAUGUUAAUUUCCCGAAAGUCAACAAGAAGUGCAAUGAUAUCAGUGAUUUCAAGUUCGUGCUUAGUAGGAUCAAUGUCGGCUUGGUUUGGAACAAGGACGUCGUGACAUGUAACAACGACGGAAGAUUGCCGAGGGAGAAGACGGUUCUUGACAAAGGCUGUUUCGUCAGUGUGAGCCCGGGAGAUGCGAAGGACAGGACGACAGUGGACGCUCGUCGGCAGGAAAUUGUGUUGGAGAAAUUAAAGAGCUUGUUGACUUGUUUGCCUUAGAUUUCGAGACAAGGAAUGGUAUCACAUCCCAUAA